UAAAACAGCUUGCAGUGCACGUCACCGUUUGACUCAUGGCACACAGGUUUAUAAAACCAAUGCCACAACCACUCAAAGAGAAAGCAGCUCAAUGGGGUCUUCACCUGAGCUCUGAUUCUGGACUUUGAGGGAGUUUCUAACUCGAAAAAAUGGGGUUUCUACUGGAUACAGAAUGAUUUUUGAUUAUCUUUGCUCUGAGCACAUUUUCUCCAAAGCUGAAUGGAAGAAGGAUGCAGGUUGACAAACCACAACUGACGGCCACCAUGCACCCAGCAUCGGGUUAUGGCUUAUAGCAGACUCCUGCUGCUGCUGAUUGGAGGCAUUUGCUCUGUCCACGCCGGACCGACCGACUUUUGGUACAACCAUCCAGUCAGAAGAAAUAUGGUGAAAGGGAUUGUGGGCCUGAGGGAAGACAUGGUAGCCUGCGUGGGUGCAGACACUCUGCACUCUCCUGUUCAGCUGCCAUGUGUUAUGGUGCACGCAACAGAAUGGGCAAAUAAAACCCUCCAGCAGAAGUGUGCAGAGGUGGUCGAGGCCCUGCGGAUGUUUCGGGACGGCGUGCAGGCGACAAAGAAUCAGUCCACGUCGGAGUGUCAGACCUCGCUGCUGGAGAAACUGCAGCGUCACAUCACCAACUACGUGGCCAUCGUCCGCAGGCUCCAGAUUCAGAGCGGCGCAGUGACGCCGCCUCCCCCGUCGCCACAGAGCUGCUCCAGGGUGAACUCCACCAGCGAAGUGCUGAAACAGUACGGGAACCUACUCCGGGGGAAACUGGAACGCCUCGCCAUCGACCUCCGAGACGAAGCCCCCGAGUGGGGUCAGAGGUCAACCGCAGCUGAAGGACCGUCCAGCUAAUUUGACAAUAGAAGCGCUUGUUUUGUGCUGCCGAGCCGCUCCGCUGACCCGCGUUAUGAGGAGAGGGACCAACGCAUCGAGAACCGGGAGGUGGUCGGGUUCGGAGGAGGGAACGGCGCGAAGGGAUCCAACGUUUUCAUGUUUUGCUCCAGGGACGAGGACGGAGACGGGCAGAGAGCGGCUUGGGGCUCAAGGGUCUUUGGUUGAACGUCAUUAAAAACUCAUGAGGAGCGGCGGCCUCUCUCAGACCUUCUCAGUGUGUAAAGCCAGUAGUGUUAUUAAGUAAUGGAUGACCUAUGACCUCACCACCAAAGUGCAACAACUCUGACUCAUUGUCCCUUUGAAGCAGUCAACACCGCCCCACAAAUGUCAAAUGUCACAUUCUAGAUUUUUAAAUCCAUGUUGUGAACGACAACAAAAUUAGUGGGGUCAUUUUUAUGUUUAUCCGUUUUUAUUUUAAACUUUCAUCAGACCAAAGAUGUCUGAAUACAUGUGUAUGAACACUGAGAGAUACUAUCUAAUUACUUAUGUAGAUAUUUUUACAGAAUCUCUCUCUCUCUCUAUAUAUAUAUAUAUAUAUAUAUACA